CCUGGGUGUCAGACUCGUCAAUGACGGUGUUGUCUGAAACGGGAAAUUCUUGAAAUUGCCGUAAAACGGACUGAUAUCUCUGCAUAACUAUUCCACAUCAGAUUGAUCUGAGUAAAUAUAGAAAGAUAACCGAAGUGUGGAUGCUUGUGGUCAAUUACAUGGUCAUUUUUCCGCGUGGUUUUUAUGUUUGCAGUGUGGUAAAGUGUUGAUAAUUUUAUCGUCUGCAUCUCUUUUCGCUCCAUCCACUGCAUGCACGUAUUAUCGUAUACUGCACACUGACACUGUUGACAAGUUGUGCGUGCACAGUUUCUAUGGGAGUUGUGUUGGUGGUGGAUAAGUCCUCAGUAGGCUCGGUGCACAACAAGCAUUCAACCUUCAUCGAGAACCCCAACAUUUACUGCUUACAAUGACAACAAGAUUGGAUCGUCUGUUCCUUCUGUUGGACACCGGGUCCACCCCAGUCACCCGACGGGCGGCCGCCCAGCAGCUGGGGGAGGUGCAGAGGCUCCACCCACAUGAGCUCCACAACCUUCUAGCUAAGAUUCACUUUUAUUUGAGAAGUUCCACGUGGGAAACCAGAAUAGCAGCUGGUCAUGCCAUAGAGGCUGUAGCUAAGCAUGUACCUCACUGGGCACCCAUCAAGAAGAUCAAAGAAGAGGGUGCGUCGGGGACCGCAACACCACGUAUCGCCACACCUACCCACCAGCGGGAGGCUGACCAGCUGAGGUUUGACAAGUUUGACGUGGGUCGGGUCCUGAGGCACGGCUCCUCCCUGCUAGGCUCAGCAGGAACUGAGUAUGAGGUGGAGGUUGAGGACCCAGGUUUGGACCCGAAGGAGAGACUCUCCAAGCAGAGACGACUGUUGCAGAAGCGUCUGGGCCUGGAUGUGGGCGGAGUCCUGGGUAUGGACUCGGAGGAGUUGUUUGAUGAUGAGGACCUGCUGGUGAAGAAGGAGACGCCGUCCGGAGCAGACAAUAAUACUCUCAAACUUCCCACCUCUGCUGCUGACAUUGUCGCCCAGGAGAUGGCACAGAUGGGUGCUGGCCUGAGCUCACGGGAGAAAAACCGAGCCAAGCGUAAGGCCAAACUACUCCUGAAACAACGCUCCAAGGAAAACAGUGACGCAAUGGGUUCAAGUAUGGAGAGUGUUGGUGAUGAGCCAGCUAAUAAAAAGUCCAAGAUUGUCAAGAUAGCCAGCCAGUCCUCAUUCUCAGACAAGCAACAGUCAGACCAACUGACAGACAGCAAUGUUUUUUAUGAAGAGCCUGGUGAGUGGCCCUUUGCCUCAUUCUGUGAGCAGCUGAGCACCGAUCUCUUCCACCAGUCUUGGGAGGUGCGGCACGGAGCAGCUACCGGCAUCAGGGAAGUCAUCAAGGUGCACGGCCAGAGCGCUGGCAAGUCUGUGGACCAGCCUUGGGACCAGCAAGAGAGUUUGAAUCAGAUGUGGAUGGAGGACAUGGCACUGCGACUACUCUGUGUUCUGACAUUGGACCGUUUCGGGGACUUUGUCUCAGAUGAGGUUGUUGCCCCAGUAAGAGAAACCUGUGCCCAAGCCCUAGGGGUUGUAUUACACCAUAUGACCACCGUUGGUGUGCAGGGUGUGUUAGGGGUCUUGCUUCAGCUACUGUCCCAGGACCAAUGGGAGGUCAGGCACGGCGGCCUGCUGGGGAUGAAAUAUCUGCUGGCUGUCAGGAAGGAGAUGACAGAUGAGUUACUGCCAGCAGUGCUACCCUCCAUCGUACGUGGUCUGCAAGACGUAGAUGAUGAUGUCAGGGCAGUAGCUGCAGCAGCGCUCAACCCAGUAGCUGGAGCUCUAGUUAGAGUGUGUCAUGCCCAGGUCCCAACAAUCCUCAGCACCCUCUGGGAUACCCUCUUAGACCUCGAUGACCUGACAGCAUCCACUAACAGCAUCAUGACCCUGCUAGCCUCCUUGAACUCCUACCCAGCAGCCUUGGCAUGCCUUAGCCAGACGACUACCAGUCUGGUACCUAGACUCUGGCCUUUCCUGAGGCAUAAUAUCACGUCGGUCAGGAGAGCAGUGUUGGAGACGCUCUGCACAUUGCUACUUGCAGAUAAUCAACAGGUUCCUACGGAUGUCUGGCUGCCUCCAAUCCUGCAGGAUGCCUUGAGACACAUCUUCCAGCGUUGUAUCUUGGAAUCAAACCCUGACAUACUGGCUCUCAUUGAAAAGGUAUGGGAUGCAUUGCUAGAGAAGUCCCCACUAGACACCCUAGUGGGUGCAUCAUGUCCUUACAUCAGUGCAUGGAUGUGCCUGGCCAUGCAGCCUUCCAGAGUCCCCAUCGAUAUGCAUAUGAUGAUUGAGGCCAAGCACAAAGUCAAGGAAAGCAAAGGUCUUAACAAGAGCUGGAAGAGCCAACAGACCAUCAAAGAGGAUGACAGAGAGUACAUUGGCGGGGAUGCCGCGCUGGGUGCAUCGGUGACAGACAGGGAGGCAGUAGUCCUGCAGGCUAGGACAAGGACUGCCAGGUUACUUGGUCGCAUUGCACCGUACAUCACCAGCAGCAAACUGGCUGCCGAGCUUAACGCGUCGGAGUCCUUCGGUCAGAUUCUCAUCUUCCACAUCAAGAGCAAGUCAGCGAUACAGAGGAUGGUGAUCGGUCUCAUCAUUGAAGAAUGGGCACGGACUGGCAAGGAAUUCCAGUGUCCAGAAGCAGUCAAGACCAAACUACUAGAGGUCUUAUCCUGCACGAUGUAUUUUGACGAAGUGUCGACAGCUUUCAUGAAAAUGCAGUCAGAAUGUAAGAUGCUUGUAAGUGCAUGGUGCGAUGUAAGAAGAGAAGUUCAGCCCGGGCAGUUUCCUAGUGCUUUCACAGUAGAGCAGGCCAACGCCUUGUCAGAGUCCAUCCAGGGUCAGCUAUUCCAGGCAGGCCUUGGAGCUAGGAUCACCCAGGACCUCCAACAGAAAUGCAGACAGAUACAGGGGAGCAUUGAGGAGAUCAACACAGAACAGCAGAUACUGAGCACAAGGACCCAUGCCUGUGUGGCCUCAGCCGUGAUUGCCUUGAAAACCCUGCCAGACAAACUGAACCCGAUCAUCAAGCCUCUCAUGGACAGCAUGAAGAAAGAACAGAUAACAAUCAUGCAGAGCCAUGCAGCCAACAGCCUGGCCAGCCUCCUGGAGCAGUGCAGUCACCGCACCCCUUGCCCCUCCCCGAAGAUCCUCAAGAACCUCUGCAACAGUCUCUGCUGUGACCCCAACAUCACCCCAAACGCCGCCCGGCCCUUGGGCUCCUUAGACCUGUCAGCCAGGCCGCCGUCAUUCAGCAAAGGGUCUAUAACAGGGUCUGCCACUGGGUCUGCCACGGGGUCUAGACCAUCGUCCCCACUCCCUGGGACUGUGACCACCGUGCAGUGUGACAAGAGGGUCGGGAUUCUCACAUUAGCCAAACAGCAGCAGAUAGCAGCCAUUACCGCGGCCAGCCGACGUGCCGCCUACGCCCGAUCACGCAGCAAAGAAUCCAGUAGCUUCUCCGAGACUGGCCUCUUCCUGGACCCAUCCAUUCUCACUGACGGGGGUAGCCCCCAGCUCCAUCUCCAGCACCGAGGGGCCAAGUUUGCACUGACCACCGUGGCGCGGCACUUUGGUGCCGAUCUGAUCACCGGCGCUGGCAAGCUGUGGGAGCUGAUGGCAGCCCCGCUGCAAGAGCAUCUGCACCCAUCCAAAUUUGAUGCCAUUUUAGUGGAUGACAAGGAUGAUCUUGCUCAGGAGCUUAUUAACACACUGCAGGUGUUUGAGGUUCUAUGCCCAGCAGUGCAUCAGAGUCUACACCCAAAGCUGACAGCCCUUCUGCCCAACCUGAUCCAGUGCCUGCAGUACCCUUACACCGCCGUCCGCCACAUGGCAGCCACCAGCCUGGGAGCCCUGGGCCAGGUCUCCAUGGCCGAGACCAUGAAUCGCGUGCUGGAGGACGUCCUGCCACUCCUGGAGGCCGGGGACGGCGAGACGCAGCGCCGGGAGGGAGCCGUCGAGGCCCUGAUGUGUCUCAUCGAGAGGCUAGGGAUGUCCGUGGUGCCAUACAUCGUGUUGCUGGUGGUGCCACUGCUGGGGCGGAUGAGCGACCAAGCAGAGAGCGUGCGACUGACUGCUACGCACUGCUUUGCCACGCUGAUACGACUCAUGCCACUGGAGGCAGGGAUCCCGGACCCACCGGCCAUGGCAGCCUCCUUGGUCAAGCAGAAGGCUAGGGAACGGCGCUUCCUGGAACAACUCCUAGACAGUAAAAAGCUGGAUAACUACGAAGUGCCUGUCACCAUCAAAGCAGAGCUCAGGAAAUACCAACAGGAUGGUGUGAACUGGUUGGCGUUUCUCAACAAGUACAAGUUGCAUGGGAUUCUGUGCGACGACAUGGGAUUGGGCAAGACACUGCAGUCCAUCUGCAUCAUGGCUGGUGACCACUACCUUAGGGAUAAAGCUUAUAAAAAAACCCACCAUGCAGACGCUGCCCCCGUGACAUCCAUUGUCAUCUGUCCGCCCACCCUGACCGGUCACUGGGUCUUUGAGAUUGAGAAAUUCUGCUCAAGACAGUUCCUCAACCCCCUGCAUUACACGGGUCCACCCACCGAACGGCAGAUGUUGCGUAGUAGGGUGAAAAAGCACAACUUGGUUGUAGUGUCCUACGAUAUAGCUAGGAAUGACAUCGACUUCUUCAAGACAAUCCAGUGGAAUUACUGUAUACUUGAUGAGGGCCACAUCAUCAAGAAUGGCAAGACCAAGCUGGCUAAGGCUAUCAAGCAGCUGAGUGCAGCACACAGGCUCAUCCUAUCAGGGACACCUAUACAGAAUAAUGUGCUAGAGCUGUGGUCUCUGUUUGACUUCCUGAUGCCUGGCUACCUGGGCACUGAGAAGCAGUUCACAGCCAGAUACGCCAAGCCCAUCAUCCAGAGCAGGGACGCCAAGAGCUCCUCCAAGGAACAAGAAGCUGGUGCCUUGGCCAUGGAGUCCCUACACAGGCAGGUCCUACCGUUCCUACUCCGACGUCUCAAGGAGGACGUGCUGGACGAUCUGCCUCCCAAGAUUAUACAGGACUAUUACUGUGAGCUCAGUCCUCUACAGGUGCAACUGUAUGAAGACUUUGCCAGGUCGAGAGCCAAGAAGGGUGUAGAGGCAAGCAUCGGUAGCCCAGAGGAUGAGAGGGAAACUGAGGCCAAGCCCCUGGCACCGGCUACAAGUCACAUAUUCCAGGCCCUUCAGUACUUACGCAAGGUCUGCAAUCAUCCACUUCUGGUGUUAAACAAGAAACAUCCCCAGUAUGAUAAUGUCACCGCUCAACUAAGUGAUCAGAACACCUCCCUGCAUGAUAUCGCACACGCACCCAAAUUGACUGCACUCAAGCAGUUACUCCAAGACUGUGGCAUCGGCGUGGAGGUCAUGGGUAGUGAGCAGGAGGGAUUGACUGAAGCCGUGGUGGGCCAGCACAGGGUACUGCUGUUCUGUCAACUCAAGAGCAUGCUGGAUAUUGUGGAGAAAGACUUACUAAGAAAGCACCUUCCCAAUGUAACCUACCUCAGGCUGGACGGCAGCGUACCGGCCGGCCAAAGACAUGACAUAGUCCACAGAUUCAACAAUGAUCCCUCUAUUGACAUCUUGCUGCUCACCACACACGUCGGAGGCUUAGGUCUCAAUCUGACGGGAGCAGACACUGUGGUAUUUGUGGAGCAUGAUUGGAACCCUACCAGGGAUUUGCAGGCAAUGGACAGAGCCCACCGCAUCGGUCAGAAGCGAGUGGUCAACGUGUACCGCCUCAUCACAAGGGGAACUCUGGAAGAGAAAAUUAUGGGAUUGCAGAAGUUUAAGAUGAACAUCGCCAACACAGUCAUCACCCAGGAUAACUCCAGCCUUCAAUCCAUGGGGACAGAUCAGCUUCUGGACUUGUUUUCUCUUGACCAGAAUCGUCCAGGAGGGUUGGAGGAAUCAAAGCAGGAGGCCUCAGCAUCGUCGUUGUCAUCUGGGGGAGGCAAGGGCAAGCAGACGGCCGGCAGCGUGCUGCAAGGAUUGAGUCAACUCUGGGACGAGAAGCAAUACGAGACAGAGUACAAUCUGGACAGCUUCAUGCAGUCACUGUCUAGUUGAUGUUAUAACUAGCGUAGUUGCGUAGACCCUCUAUCUGCGGCUAGACUGAAGAGGGCGCUGUCUGCUGUGUCGCCUGACAGUGAGGGCAAGUGAAGAGCACGAGCAUUGCACUGGGUGACACGCAAUGUCCGUGACACACAAUUGUUAGACUGAGUGUCACCUGGACAGCUUCAUGCAGAUUUAGACUACUUGGUGUUCUUACUAGCGUUGUCUGUUGGUUCUGUGGCUAGACUGAAGAGGGCGCUGUCUGCUGCGUCGCCUGACUAUGAGUGCGACAAUGAAACGACACCAGGAGCUGUACAACCUGAACAGCCUCAUGGAGAUGUUACGGCCCAACUAUGGCAUUGUCCCAACUAUAGGUUGGACGAUUACAACUUUAGACCGUGUCUGUGGCUGGGAAUCAUACACGAGUCUAUGGUAGCGGCUGCGGCCACUUCCUAUUGACCCGUGUGUAAUUUCAAACCAUAGCCAAUUAAAUUGGACACAGUUACAAUUAGGAUCAACCCAAGUAUAGUUUGGAAUUCCCCAACUAUUUGUUUGGACUGUCCCAACAACCGUCCCAACUAUGGUUGACACCAUUGCCAUAGUUGGGCUUACCUAUAUAGUUCUAUGGAAGUUGUCUUUAAAUUAGUUAAUUCAAACCUGACACAUGUAGGACAUUUUCUGUGAAUCUAACACAGGUUUUCAUUAAUUAUUAUCAAGGAACAGAUGUCAUUUAGCCCUGCUUUCAAAGUAUUUUUUUUAAGAUUAACAAUGUGGUUAUAUUUUUCUAUAAUAUUGAACCUGCUGUGUUACAUUGAAACUUGCAUCUUUAUGUGUAGAAGGUUUUGUACAGUCAUAAAAAAAACUUUAUUUUUGUUCAGUUGCAGAUAAAAUGAAGAUGUUACAAAAGAAAGUGAUUAUCAAAAACUUUUGACAUUAAAAUACAAGUUAUUGUUUCAAUUGAUUGUUGUAAUGUGAAGUUACACACAAAAGUGAUUACAUGUAAAUAAACCUUCGAUAUUCGCAUUGCAUAUUGGGUAUAUGACAAACAAAACCAGGCAAUUUGUGCACAAUUACCUAUGGGGCUGUAAACCAGUUAAAACUUUCAACUGAUUCCUCCUCAAAUAUACAUCAUUAAGAAUUUAGUGAUCAUUUUUUUUUUUAAACAUUGUUGUAUUGAUCAUUUGAAAUACACUUAUUUUAAAAGUUAGUUUUUUAAAGCGUGUCAGGAUUCAGAUUUUUUCGGGGAAUCCCUUCUUAUUACUCAUUAAUAUGAAUAUUAUGACCCUGCAAAAAUAUUAGCCAAUCACAGUCAAGCUUUCAUGAUCACACCUCCAACUCUGACCAAUCACAAUCGCUCGCCUCUGGGAUUGUUGACUGGUACCCAGAAAGAAAUUUCAAGUUAGUUCAUCUUUUAUUUCAAAAGUUUAAAAACUGAAACUUUGUCAAUUAUAUUUCCUUUUAUUUCAGAAGUUUAAAAACUGGAUCUUUGUAUUUGCAAAUGAAUUUUUCAUAUUCUCUAUGCAUAAGUAGGUGAAUUGAUCGAUUUUGGAAAAAUACUGAAGCAAAACAUAACUUGAAGGGAAUAUACAACAUUUGCAAACAUC